AUGCACCCUAUUUUAGACAAGAACAGGUUUCAAAACUGUGAAGAUUUGAUUGAUGCUUUGGAGGAAUGCCACAAGAGUCCAUAUUUGGAAACUAUGAUGGGUAAAUGUUCUGAUAUUAAAGUUCAACUGGCGGCUUGUAUUCACGAGAACAGGUUAGCUCAUGAUAGAGAAAAGAUUCUACAGAGAAGAGAAGCUAACAAAAAACUGGAGAUGAACAAAAAGAAGAGAGAAGAGGAAGAAUGGGGAGAGAACGGAUACCUUAAAAAAGUUGUUGAACUCGAACUAAAGAACAGGGAAAAGGAAAGUAAAUAA